AAGAGAGAGCUGAUUUCACACUCCCCCCACCAUCCCCUUCUUCUCUUCCCCUUUCUUCCUCCUCCGCGUCGUCCUCCCCCCAAAUUCCGCUCCAAAACCCUCCUCUCCUCCCUCGCCACAAUUCCCCCCGGCCCCGAUGGUCUCGAUCUAAGCAUGUCCCCUCCCGCCGCCCUAGCCUGCUACCGCCGUAACGCCAAGCGCCGCCGCGACGCCCCCGAUCAUGCCCUCCCUUCCUCCAAGCAGCCCGUGAUGACGACUCACUCCGCCGCCUCCUCGUCUGGCGCGGGCGGCUCCUUGUACGCGUCGCCGCGCAGCGUCCACUUCUUCGUGCGCGCCACCGACUCGAAGACCAUCGCGAUGCACGCGGCGUGGGACGACACCGUCGGCGCGGUCCUCGACCACCUGGCCGGCUGCGGCUACGGGCGCGACCUGCGCCUCCUCUACGCGGGGAGGCAGCUCUUGCCGGAGGCCACCAUCGCCUCGCUCUGCCUCCCUCCCGACUCCACGCUCCACCUCGCCGCCCGACUCCGCUCCACCCCGCACCCCGAGGCGUGGCAACUCGCCUCGCACAUCGCCGCCACCGCGGCCGCCGCCGAAGCCGCCGCCGCCUCCACCCCCACCCACUCCCUCGAUUGGCUAGUAAAGGAAUACAUCAUCUGCGCCAGCAGCAGAAGAAAAAGAGGCGAUCGCGAUGAUCCAGUCGACACCCUGAGCACGGAGCACCGUGCGGAGGAGUACCUCGACAUUUUCCUCCAGGCGGGCGCUGCCGUCGCGCUGGUUCGCCUCUACCUCUCAAAUUCGUCUUUCUUUCGCUCUUUUGCGGAGCGUGCCAUCAAAUGCUUCCUUAGCAUGGACCCUGUGUCGCCCAUACCCGCUGCCAUAAAGCCCGUGACGGCGCCAGUGCUGCUUGAAUUCUGCCGUUUGCUUUCUGUGACCGCGGGGAGUAAGGAUUCACUCUAUAAAUCAUGCCGUUAUACACUUGCAUCAGUACUCUGCGAGCCACUGUCUCCCCUCACUUCCUCGAAGUCGCCUGCAAGGGUGAUCGAGCAAGUCCUCCCCUUUGCCAGAGAAGUAGUGGAAGUUGUCCUGUCUGGACUUACAUCAGAGUCCAUGAUGGUGACAAGGGCAGAUCUUGAAGAGUUCUCAAAUUUCUUUAAAGUGUUGCGCCACCAGGUACGCCGUUGGAUGCCUGAUGGACCAAUGCGCAAGAAUCUGUACAAUAGGGAGCAUGAGCAUAGUGACACAUGGGUCUGGGAGUUGCACGAAAUGUCUAUGAACCUGCUGAGAAGUGUGGACGAGUGUUUGAAGAGGUUGGAGAUGGAUCUUUCAACAUUGUCAUCUGAGAGUAGAGGGGUGAUAGAAAGUCAACCCAUGUGGGCUAACAGAUUACAUAUCCUUGCCAUGUUGACAGAACUGGAUUUCAUCUCCGCAAUUUUUGAGGAUGUGGCGCACAACCUACGGUUUGUGCUGCUGGCGCACAAAGCACCUCUCAAUGCCCUCGUGCGCUCUUCCAAGAGGAACGAGCAUCUCCACUGGCUUGUGAAGCAUAAAGAUCUCCUUUGCUUUGAAGCAAGAAGGAACUUAGUCUUAAUGCUGUUUUCUGAGGGGAAGGAUGACUACGGGGAGUUGCACGAGAUGUUAAUCGACAGGUCACAUUUGCUGGAUGAGUCCUUUGAGUACAUCACACAGGCAAGACCCAGUGAGCUUCACAGUGGUCUGUUUAUGGAGUUCAAGAAUGAGGAGGCUACUGGCCCUGGCGUUCUGAGAGAGUGGUUCUGCAUGGUGUGUCAAGCUCUGUUCAGUCCACAACAAGUUCUCUUCUCGCCUUGCCCUAAUGAUCAACGUAGGUUCUACUUGAAUGGAACAUCUGUUGUGGAUCCGCUGCACCUAAAAUACUUCAUUUUCUCGGGACGAAUAAUUGGAUUGGCUGUGAUGCAUAAAGUGCAAGUAGGGAUUGUUUUGGACCGCACAUUAUUUCUGCAUCUUGCUGGGAGAAGUAUUACAUUAGAAGAUAUUGCUGCUGCAGAUCCUGUCACAUAUGCGAGCUGCAAAAGAAUUCUUGAGAUGGGUGCUACUGAUAUUGAUGAGCUAACUCUAACAUUUUCCCGAGAUAUUCAUACCCUGGGGUCUCGAAGGACUAUUGAGCUUUGCGCAGGAGGGCAAGAUAUCUCUGUGAAUAUCAGGAACAGAGAGCAUUACAUUGAUCUUCUUAUUAAGAAUAUCUUUGUUGACUCUAUUUCUGCUCAGUUAGCCAAUUUUGCCAAAGGAUUUAGUGAAAUAUUAGCUAGUCCGGAUCUCCGGAAAGUAUUUUUUGGGUUCUUGGAUCUAGAAGACUUUGACCGAAUUCUAGGGGGAAGCAAUAGCACUAUAAAUCUGAAAGAUUGGAGAUCACAUACUCAAUAUAAUGGCUACAAAGAAAAAGAUCGUCACAUUAACUGGUUCUGGAAGGUUGUUGAGAGCAUGACAAUUGAGCAACAGAGGCAACUUCUCUUCUUUUGGACUUCGGUGAAAUAUUUGCCCUCAGAUGGUUUUGGUGGGCUGAGCUCAAAACUGUAUAUAUACAAGACAUUGGAGUCAGCUGAUCAUCUGCCAUCGUCGCAUACCUGCUUCUACCGCCUGUGCCUCCCUCCUUAUCCAUCCCUCAAGGUGAUGCAAAACCAGCUGCAUAAGAUCACACAAGAGCAUGUGAGCUGCAGCUUUGGUACAUGGUAGAUGCUGCCUUAUGCAAUCAAACUGAUAUUUUGUACAUAUCCGAGUUAGUGACAAUCCGAUCUAUCUUAUUAAAUCCUUUACUAGAGCUUAAACAUAGGCUGCCAUGGUUUGAUUUGUAUGUAUGGAAAGUUAGCAUUCUGGGUCAUUUAACUUGAUGUAGGUGGAAUCAGAAGAGAGCGGGUUCAUUUUAUAUUAUUCGCAAAAAAAAGGUUAAUUUUAUA